GCCUCUCUCUGUUAUUAACGCUGUGUUACGUAAUUGACCCCCUCAGGCCACCGUCUGCGCCUCCUUUGCGCUUCCCCCUCCCCUGAAGUGCUACCACGUGCUCAAGUCUGUUGCGUCUACUCUGAGAAGGAAGUGAGACGAAGCCAGUUCUGUUUUGUCUCCUCGUUAUUCCUCCUUUGUUUAAAUGAUUGCUUAGCUAAGUCUGGCUGAUGCAUUUUCCAAGUGCACGCAUGCCGGAGCUGAGCCAUAACAAAACCUUCCCUUGGUUCGGCUAAGAAAAAGUGGGGGGGGGGAACCUUGGAUUGGUUAGAAGUUAAGAAAAUGGAACAGCCUCCUUAUCCUGGGUAUGCCCCCAAUUACUGGAAUCCAUCUCCAAGAACUUCCUAUUCAAAUCCAUACCCUGUUGGAUCAGAGCUUCAAGGCCAGGGAAUUGAUUCUUCCUACACAAAUGGUGUCUAUGGAUCUUCAUACCCAGCUCCUGGGGCAGGGCCGCCAUAUCCCAGUCUCCCACAGUCAAACACAUACUAUUCCUCAGAGCACGCUCCUGCCACUUACUCCACAGAGUCUUCUAGCAUAUAUAGAACUCCAUCAUCGGCAUCAAACUGGAAUUAUCCCCCUCCAGACUGUCCAACCGAAGGUUCCAUGGUGAGGAGGCAGGUAGCAGGUUACUCCCCUCCACAAGGCCCACCUUUUCCGCUCCCACCCUAUCCGUAUGGAGAUUGUAAUCCUAACAUUCCACAGCAGAGGCCACCCCCUCCUCAACCAGGACUUCAAGAUGCCACUUGGCAAACACCUGGCGUUUAUGGAAUGCAGCCUCCCUAUGGUUGGCCCCCUCCCCCAGCAGGGCAAGGAGGGAAUCAGUAUGUUCCACAAUCUUGGCCUAGUAGUGAUGUGUCUACUCUACAUCCCCCAAAUAACAAUCCAAAGGACUCUUUUAGCCAAAUGGAUCAAGGGAUUAACCAAUAUGGUUAUCUUCCUGAAGCCAGUAGUUUGCCUUCUGGGACCACGAAUGACUACAGUCCAGCACAGCUUGAUGUUAAGCCAUCUGCUUCCAGUCCCAAAGUGCAGUAUAGUGCACAGCCCCAGCUGUAUGAUAAUGUACAUAAGAAACCAUCUGUGAUUAACAGUGGAUCAGCUUGUAAAAUAAACGUACAGCCUCCAACUAAUGUGCAGCCUGGAAUACAGAAGAUCGCACAAGUUAUGGAAGGAAUUGAACUGUUGGAAGAAGAAGUGGAUGAAUUUGUAGGUAAAAAGACAGACAAGGAUUACUGGUUGCUGGAAGAAAUGCUGACCAAGAAGUUGUUGGAACUGGACUCUGUAGAGACAGGUGGUCAGGACAAUGUGCGCCAGGCAAGGAAAGAGGCAGUUCAUAGAAUCCAAGCUGUACUGGAAGAACUGGAAAGGAAGGGUCUUUAAUGUGAAUGACAGUUUUAAAAUCCAGUCCUGAAAUUAAUAUAGGUCUCUGGCUUUUCUCUUGACCUCCAAAGCAAUAAGUGGGGAUGUGCAUUUUGGCUUUAGAAAAACAAGCAUGGUAAGUUUGAUCUGAUUUAACAAAUGGAUCAGAUCUAGAAUUUAGUAUGGUGGUUCUCCCAUUCAAUGAAUAAGAAGGGAUGAAAGGCUGGCCCUUGUUGUUUUAAGGGUUUCGUUGCAUAGUUUGACCAGCUACAAGAGAGAAAUCAUUUGGCAAAAAGAGAGUAGGAUUUACACCUCAGAAAAUCUCCUGGACCAUCAAGGAUUUCAGCAAAUUACUUGUCGUAUUUGAAAAAUAGAAAAAGAAAUCAUUAAGUUGCAAUGCAGUACCAGUAAAGCCAUGACUUCAGGCUCUUCAGCUACUUUUCUGUGCAUUAUUUAUAGAUUCUUCCUGUUUGUCAUAUAAAUUGUGUAAUAUCUUUUGGAAUAUAAUAUGUUCAAGUGCAACCAUGCUGAUAAGCCAUGUAUCACUAGGGUAACCAAACCCCAGGCAUUUUUCAUGUUAUUUCUCCCUCAUCCCUUAUUAUGCAAAUAUAAUCCAUUUUUUUUUUAAAAAAAAAUGAUGGGAUAAGAAGAAGGAACCUAGAUGAUGUUUGAAUUGCUGGCACUUUCAACUAAUGAACUGAUUAUGAGGAUUUGGGCCAGGAGAAUUAGGUGAUAAAUGCUUAGCUGUGACAUAGACUUUAUACAUUACAGUUGCUUAUAUUCCUGUUUAAUCUGUAAUAGCUGAUUUGAAAUAAUCAGUUCUCAUACCUGCGGAAGUCAGGUAAGGCUACUUACUACCUUGUAUCAUCAGCUCUUCCCAGUGUGUCCCUGGAUCAAAAAGGCAAGAAAUACAUCUUUUAAUUUUUUAAAACAGGUAUUUAUUGUAAGAGUUUUUAAAGAACACUGUCAAAUAGCUAAAAUAAUAAAAUAAAUAUUAGAAGUGUUUUAGUGAGAACUUCAUACAAUAUAUAAAAGACUUGUAUACCACUUUGGAAGUCUUUCUGGUUGAAAAGCAGGGUUUAGCUGCUUUAAAUAAAAGAUGGUUGUACAUAAUGAUACAGAAAAGACAUCUUAAAUAUGGUAUUGUAGUUUUUGGUUUCUUGUGCUCCAGUGCUCUAAAUAUCAGCAGCAAGAAAAAUAUAUUUGGGUGUAACUUUAGCUAUUGACUUUCCUUCCUUAAAUUUUAAAGGCCUAGUUGAUACUGUUUGUUGCCAUAUGUGUUCAAUGAACUCAAACUCCCAAACAUUAUUUUAGCUGGUAGUUUUUUAAAAAAAAAUGCAUGGCCUUUUUCUGCUGUAAAUCUGAAGCCUUUAUAAACUUUACAAAACCAGGAUAGGAAUACACUAUAAAGAUUCAGCAAUGAAUAAAAGAACAGAUCAGCCAAAUUAAAUAGAUCUGUGCAACAAUUCUAUUGUUAAAAUAUUGGAUAAAAAAGCCACAUGUUCUCAGUGUUUUAAGAAUACAGCAUAGUUUUCUCCAUGGUAGGAAAGAAACGUUCACAGAAAUAUCAUGUUCGGUUUUCACAUUUUUACUUGUUUUAAAGAGUCAGAACUAUUUAUGGAAAACCUUUCUGUUGCAUAAAGAGAACAAAAAGCAUACCUCACUUAAUUUGUGUGAUGGUUGUAGUUAGGUUUAUUUUUGUUCUCAACUUAUCAAAGAAAUUCCAGUUAAAUUUUGUUCUGUAAUUAUUUCCAUCAAUUCUAGAGUAAAACACAGCCUCAAGCUUUCAUGUGAAACUAAAAGACAAGUGGGAAAACAGUAUAAAAUUAGAGAUGGAAGAACUGUGAUUGAUUUACGUUUGCAAUGUUACUUUGUAUAUUUUACUAAAGAAAUCCCACAAUGUGGGACCAGGAAGAACAAUAAUCUCCAAGUAGUUUGAAAACUGGCAUUUUCUUUCUGCCUGAACCUGCCUGACAGCAUUGUUGGGAUAAAUUAGGGAAGUGUGGUUGAAUGUAGUCAGGAGUCUUGGGAGAGAGGGGCUGUUCGCAGAGGGCAAAAAGACAGUCUGGUAGGCAGGAAAAAAGCAAGGACAGGCCCUCCCAAAUAGUUCACAGGGCAUUUCUAUAGUUAGGCAGAUAGUAGUAUUUGGCAAGAUUGAUGUCAGGCCACAUAAAACAAGAAUGAUGUGGAAUUAUUUCUGAGCAGCUUCUUUAUUGUUUGUCUACAGACAAAAUCUUGCCAGAGUAACAUGACUAUCAGCAUGACUAUAAAUAUACUCUAUGGCAGAGGUCACCAACCUUUCGAACCUCAGGGACCACUAAAUUCAUAAUUGUAAAUCCUGCGGACCACUAAUAAAAAGGUAAAGGUAAAGGUUCCCCUCGCACAUACGUGCUAGUUGUUGCUGACUAGGGGACGGUGCUCAUCUCCGUUUCAAAGCUGAAGAGCCAGACGUCUCUGUGGUCAUGUGGCCGGCAUGACUCAACGCCAAAGGUGCACAGAAUGCUGUUAUUGUUAGCGGACCACUAAUAUGAAUUUUUAAAAAGAUAAACAGUAUUUAGUGCUAUAUAAAAAAUGCAAAUAAUUUUUUUGCGGACCACCAAAAUUCUCUCACAGACCACCAGUGGUCCACGGACCACCAGUUGGUGACCGCUGCUCUAUGGAACUGCAAAGGAUGGUCCUCUUCCUUCCUACCAGAUAUUCCAAGCUCUGCUGCUGCCUUGCCCACUGAGAUAGCCCCUCCCUCCUGGACUCCAGACUAUGUUCAAUCAGAAACAGCAGAGAUGGUAGAUAAGAUAAGUACUGUAUGUUUUAUAUCUUAUAUCACUUUGCAAUUGAAUAUUGUCUAAAGGAAAUUGAACUGUUAUCUUUCUACUGCAAAAUAAUGAAUGAACUGUCUUGAAUAAACUUGUAAACUACU